AUGGCUGCUGCUGCCACCAACUCCUCCAGAUCUUUCAAAACCAGAGGAGAAAGAGUGACCAGGCAAGUGCAGGCAGGACUUCUCAUUAUAGAGGGCUGUGGACGGACCGACCUCCCACCUGCACACAAGCCCGCCCCACCCCCGCCCAAGAAGAAGAACAGCGACAUGAAGGGCCACUUGACUUCUGACGACAUACAGAACUCUGGCCACAAGGACUGUGAUGUCCAGUAUGCGGAGCUGGAUACUGCAGCUUUGGCCUCCUCUCCCAGCCCGCGAAGCUCAGCUCACACUGGCCCUGGGGACCUUGUCGAACUCCAGGACCCCGGGAGAUGUCCAGAGGAGCUGCUGAAUCCGGCUGAGUACAUCAACUACCAGCCCGUGUGCAACAUGGGGGAGUCCUACCCCGAGCCCCCGUCCGCUCAGCCUUACCCUCCUGUCACCUACCUGCCUCAGCACCCGUACGCCCAGGAGCCGCCCGAGGAGCCCAUGUACUCCAACACCAGCUACCCCGUCCCCCCGCCGCAAGUCCCCCCUUAUAAGUUCCCCAAGGAGCAAUCUGUGUGA